AUGACCGUGUCUGAUCCGUUACGCAAUAGGGACUCGAAAGUUAUAAUUGACGAUCAACUCCCCUCCUCUAAAACUUCGAGGUUCCUUCAUGUCAUUGACAGGCAAAACCCGGCAUUGCUAUGGCCAGCACUGGCCGAAAAGGCAUAUUUAAAGGUUAGAGGAGGCUAUGAUUUCCCCGGAAGCAAUUCGGGGACAGACCUUUGGAUCCUCACCGGCUGGAUUCCGGAACAAAUAUUUCUGCACGACGAGGACGUCAUCUCGGAUCAGCUGUGGAAACGACUGUUCAAUGCAUUUAACCAUGGAGACGUAUUAAUCACUGUUGGCACAGGAUCAUUGGCUGAACAGGAAGAAGAGGAACUUGGCCUUGUGAGCUUGCAUGACUAUGCAAUUCUUGAUAUGAAGGAAGACAACAGCCGUCGCCAAUUCCUUGUCAAGAAUCCUUGGGCAGCUGGCUCCGUUUGGGAAGGGAUUGGACAAUCCCACCUUCCUGAUACUGAAGGUGCCAGUGAAUACAAACACGACCAGCACCAGAUCCAUCGCCCUCUAUCCCCAGGAACAUUCUGGACUGAUUGUGAUAAACUGCUUCAAAAUUUCGAAAAUCUAUAUUUAAAUUGGAACCCGACGCUCUUUCCUUAUCGGCAGGAUAUCCAUUUUACUUGGGAUCUUUCUUCUGCCAGUUCCGUUCCCGGCUGCUUCGCUGAAAAUCCACAGUUUGCGGUUGGUUCCAAAGCAGGAGGCUCCGUCUGGCUCUUGCUUAGUCGACAUUUCAAUUCUGGAGAUUACAUCAGACCUGGAAAGCAGCUUAUAGACGUGUCCUCUGAAAGUGAUGAACCCGGAUUUAUUAGCAUUUACGUUUUCAAAAAGGGAGGCCAAAGAGUCUGCGUGAGCGAUGGGGCCUUAGGUCGGGGUGCUUAUGUGGAUUCGCCUAACACACUAAUGAGAUUUGAGAUGCCUCCAAAUACUGUUUACACGGUUGUGGCUGCAGAGCAGUCCCUACGGAGGUCGAGCCAGAAUUUUUCUUUAUCCGGAUUCUCUAUAGCGCCUCUAUCUAUUUCACACGCCACUGAGCGAUAUGGGUAUGUUAAGAAGCUCCCUGCUGCAUGGACGACAACAACUGCUGGAGGCAACGCAGAUUCACCAAAAUACCCUGCAAAUCCACAAUUCAGGAUCGAUAUCUUAGAGGCAUGUGAUAUUGCUAUUAUCCUUGAGACUGCGAAUCCUGAGCUAGCCACGCACGUCAAGAUACCGUCUGCUCCACGUUUGCAACCGACCAGCUGGGCAACAUCAUCCGGCGAUGGGAGUUUUAGCAAUGCCGUCAGUGGAAUACGCAUAGAGGAAUUCGAUUUGCAGCCUGGCUUCGAACGUCAGGGGGGACUGUGGCUUGUCGUGGAACGGGUUGGAGGCCCUGGUGGUCAGGUGCAUGAUACGAUUGAGCUGGAGAUCUUGUCUGAGGAGAGGGUGACGAUUGGUCCAUGGGGAGUCGGUAAUGGCUGA